GCAAUGGGAGGAGGAAUUUGGAACUUUUAGCAAAUGAAAAGUGUGAAUAGGUUUCAUGUUAACUCCUGGAAAGGUUUGUGGAAGGAAGUGUAAUAUGGCUACUGCUGGGAAAGUAAUCAAAUGUAAAGCUGCGGUGUGCUGGGCACCCAAACAACCGCUCAGCAUAGAAGAGAUUGAAGUUGCACCACCAAAGGCUCACGAAGUUCGCAUAAAGAUUGUGGCGACUGGAAUUUGUCGUUCAGAUGAUCAUGUUAUAGAAGGUGAAAUAAGUGGCAUAAAAUACCCUCUAAUACUUGGCCAUGAAGCUGCUGGAAUUGUAGAGAGUGUUGGUGAAGGAGUAACAGAUCUGAAACCUGGAGACAAAGUCAUCCCAUUGGGUAUUCCUCAGUGUGGAAAAUGCAAAUGUUGUCUAAAACCAGACAGCAAUCUUUGCUACAAAAACGACCUUGAGAAAUAUAGUGGAGUGCUACUGGACAACACCAGCAGAUUUACCUGCAAGGGGAAACCAGUUCAUCACUUCAUUGGUACCAGCACUUUUUCCGAAUACACUGUAGUUGAUGACAUUGCUGUUGUUAAGAUACACCAGGAUGCACCGCUGGAUAAGGUCUGUCUCUUUGGCUGUUCAUUCUCCACCGGAUAUGGCUCUGCUGUGAAUACUGCUAAGGUUAAACCCGGAUCUACCUGUGCAGUAUUUGGUCUGGGAGGAGUGGGUUUGUCAGUGAUUAUUGGAUGUAAAGCAGCUGGAGCUUCCAGGAUUAUAGCCAUUGAUAUAAACAGUGACAAAUUUGCAAAAGCCAAAGAGUUUGGAGCCACUGAUUUUAUCAACCCUAAAGAUUAUGACCGUCCCAUCGAUGAAGUGCUGACAGAGAUGACUGAGGACGGAGUAGACUAUGCCUUUGAGGUCAUUGGAAACACUGGAGUCAUGACAUCUGCUCUCAAAUCCACCCACUUUGGCUAUGGAAAAACUGUGAUUGUAGGUUUAGCUCCUUCAACUGCUACGAUUUCAUUUGAUCCAAUGCUAGUUCUAACUGGACGUGUUCUGACUGGAGCAAUUCUUGGAGGUUUUAAGCCUAAGGAUGAUAUACCAAAACUUGUGUCUGAAUAUCUGAAUAAGAAGUUUAACUUUGAUGGGCUGAUAACACACAGAUUACCAUUUCUGAAGAUCAAUGAAGGGUUUGAACUUCUGCAUAAAGGAGAUAGUAUCCGUACAGUGUUGACUGUUUGAAAAGACUGGUCCCAGUCAACAUCUAAUGAAGAAAUCCUUAAUGAUGUCUUCUUGCAAGAUGCAACAUUCAUUUAUCACAAGAAAUUUCAUUCACUUCUAUAUUAUAAUUAAAUGCUCUAAUGCUACAAAUUAUGGUGGGUGUACACUGUAUCCUCAAUAUAUAUCAUGUUAUUUAGAUACACAUCAGGAAAAAUGCAUAAAUGGAUUGUCAAGUCUUUUCUUACUUUUUCAAAUUUCAUUUUUAAUUGUUUUCUCCUCCCGAUCAUUUGCUUCCUGGGAGUCUGUGUAUGACAAUGAGAUUCAAAAAAUACUAUAGAGAGAAUCCCUGUGUCAUGCACCACCCCUUUUGGCCCUGUAGUAGGCAUAACUCAGUGUAUAAAGUUUUGCCCGGAGUGAUCUUUUAAUUCAUUGCUGGGACAAUAUCAUAAAAUGAGGACAGUGUUACUGUCUCAUUGUAAUAAAUGUCACUUGACCAAUAAAGAUCUCUGUGCUUA